CAUUGGGUCAAGGAUGGAAAACGAUGCAACUGAAACCACGAAGGUGUAAUUCUGAAUGAUCCUUAGUGCAAACACAUCCUAAUGCAUUUCGUUUCUGAAUGGCAUGCAGUAAUUUACACUCUUCAGGUGUUUGUUUUGCUGAAGCUCAGUGCGUCAGACGCGCGCUCCUCGGAGAUCAGCAGAAUUAUCGCGGCGCGCAGGCGUUAUCCAGUCUGAGCCGCGCGAGCUGGAGGCCAGUCACUCGUGCAGCGCGUAUCUUCCGUAUCCUGAGCUCCACCUCUCCUGCCGGACAUGCCCUCCGGACCCCAGCGACGCUCCGCGCCUCUGCCCGGCGCGUGAAUGGCCCUCCCGCCAUGGACGAAACGCCGUUCCAGAAAGUCAAGACGCGGCGCAGGAGGAACCACUGCCCGCCCGGGGUCAUCGCCUGCGAGGACGAGUUCGACUGCAAGGAGCUCGAGUCGCUUUUCCGCAGCUACAGCCUGAAGCUGGAGCAGACGCGCACGCAGACGGCGCUGACGGUGCUCGCGCUGCUGGCGUCCAGUCUCAGCCUGCUGGAGCUGCUGCUGUCCGGCACCAGCCUCACCGUCGCCAAGGGCUCGUACCCGGUGCACUCCGUCGUCUUCGUCUCGCUCUUCGUCGUCACCAACGUCAAGUACCUGCGGGCGAGUCAGCUGCAGCAGAUCGCGCACCUGAGCCUGCUCUUCUGCUUCAGCUUCUCGCUGCUGUGCUGCCCGUUCGCCUCUGCUCCGGAGCACGGUGUGUGGCAGCUUCUGCUGCUGACGUUCGUGGCGUAUGCGCUGCUGCCGGUGCGCACGCUGCUCGCGCUGCUGUUCGGUGUGCUGGUGUCCCUGGCGCACAUCAUCGUCACAGCUGCGUCGGUGACGGCGAAGACACAGCGGCUGUGGAGAGCGGUGAGUUCAGCACUGGACACACAGAGAGCGAGCUGA